UGGUCUCUUGUGCCGCCAGGGAUGCUGCUCGGAGUGCUGGCGCUGUGCCUGGCGCCCCUCUGCGCCGAGGGGGCCUCGACGGGGUCCUCGAGGCAGCAGGAGGGCUACUUCGACGGCGCGGCGUACGUGCAGCUGCUGUCGCCGGUGUCGCUCCGCGGCCACGUCGGCCUCAGCUUCCGGACGUGCGAGGGCGGACAGCUGUUCCACCAGACGUCGUCCGCGAGGACCUCGACGUCCUCGGCGCCGUCCUCGCCCGGCUCGCCGGCGUCGUCCAGGUCGGUGAGCCUGGACGUGCGCGAGGAGGGCCUGGUGCUCCGGGUCACCGUCGGCGCCAAGCAGUUCGAGUCGCGCUUCAACGCGCGCCUCCUGGACAACGAGUGGCACAACGUGAACCUCGUCUACCUCGGCGGCAACCUCACCCUGACCGUGGCCAGCCACUCCCAGGUUGUGGCCAACUCCACAUACAACUCCGAGAUCCUCUCGGACUUGGAGCCGUCGAGCUAUGAUUCCGUUCUCCGAGUAGGCGAAGGCUUCGUGGGCUGCAUUCUGCAAGGCCCUAGUCUUGUGUUCAACACGUCGGCGAUGUUGUCCAAAAAGGUUCAGUGGGGUGGCUGCCCUCUGAACAACUUCAGUUGCUCAAAGGUUGACCACUGCAUAAACGAGCCCUGCUUGCGACACGGUGUAUGCUUCUCACUGCCCGAUCGGUACGACUGUCGCUGCUCAGCACGCUAUACAGGAAAGAACUGCGAAGUUGACAAUGGUUCUCCCUGCAACCGUAAUGGUGUUAAUCCUUGCCAGAACAAUGGGCAUUGUAUGGAGGAUCAAAUGGGUAACUACAAGUGUCAUUGUGGCCCAAGUCACACAGGACAACAUUGUGAAACCGAAAUCACCUCACACAUUUGUGAGAAUAAUCCUUGCCAAAACAAUGGAUCUUGCAGAGUUUCAGCAGGGAAUCGCUAUGAAUGCACAUGCUUACCAGGUUUUACUGGGGUUAACUGUGAAAUUAACAUAAAUGAGUGUCAGUCAAACCCAUGCCAACAUGGGGGAUCUUGCAUUGAUGGCAUCAACAAUUAUACCUGUAUUUGUAGUCGAACAGGAUAUGUGGGGCUGAACUGUGAUGUAAAUAUAAAUGAAUGUGAUCUCAAUCCAUGUUUAAACCAAGGUCUCUGUUUUGACAACUAUGGGAGUUACACCUGCCAGUGUAUGCCUGGGUUUGCUGGUCAAAAUUGUGAACAGAACAUCAACGAAUGCAGUUCAAGCCCUUGCUUAAACAAUGCUCACUGUAUUGAUGUAGUUGGCUCUUAUGAGUGCCACUGUCAGCAUGGCUUUACUGGAAGGAAUUGUGAAACCGACAUAAAUGAAUGUGAAACUGCUGUUUGCCCCUCCAACUCGCAAUGUGUUGAUGGCAUUGGAAGUUUUCAGUGUGUUUGCAAAGAUGGGCUUACUGGGAAGCCUCCCAAUUGCUCUGAGGUCAAUGUUUGCACAAGUAGCCCAUGUGUGAAUGGAGGCACCUGUGUCGUUGUAGGUGAUCAUUUUAACUGCACUUGUCCAAACGGUUUUAUAGGUAAAAUGUGUCAAGUGAACAUUGAUGAAUGUGCUUCAAAUCCGUGUUUAAAUGGUGGCACCUGCUUAGAUCAGAUUGGUGGCUACAUCUGCAACUGUUCAGAUGAAUUUAUGGGUGUUCACUGUGAAAUGGAAUUUGAUGCUUGUGCUUUCAAGCCUUGUAAAAAUGGUGGAGAAUGUGUGACACAACCAAGGAGGAAAGAAUUUUACUGUGAAUGUGCUCCAGGUUUCAGUGGCCUUGAGUGUAAAACAGAUAUUGAUGAUUGUGCCAAUGUGACUUGUCCUGUUGGACGGGAGUGUGUGGAUCUGGUGAACGACUAUGAGUGUCGAUGCCCACCUGGCUACUCAGGAGACAAUUGUACCUUGGAUGUUGACUAUUGUGCCUCAAGCCCUUGCAAAAAUAAUGGUACAUGUCAGAAUGCUGCUGGCAGUUUUGUGUGUGAUUGUCCUGCUGGUUAUCAAGGUCGAAGGUGUGAACAAGACGUGGAUGAAUGUAAACUGGCUGAUGGUCUUUGUAAUCAAGGAAUUUGUGUGAAUAAGUUUGGAGGCUACGAUUGUUUCUGCCGGCCCGGAUUUACUGGAACGCAUUGUGAACUAGACUUUGAUGAAUGCCUCUCUCGCCCUUGCCAGAAUAAUGCUACUUGUGAAAACCUUAUAAAUAGUUUCAAUUGCGUUUGUACACCAGGCUACACUGGCAGGGAGUGUAACAUUGACAUAAAUGAAUGUGAUUCAAACCCAUGCCAAAACAACUCAACUUGUAUUGAUGGCAUUGCUACAUUCUCAUGUAUAUGCCCACCUGGACUUACUGGUAUCUUAUGUGAGACAAAUAUUGAUGAUUGUGAGUCUUCACCAUGCUGGAAUAAUGGAUUGUGCAUAGAUGGUAUAAACAGUUUCACUUGCGAUUGCUCUGACACUGGAUUCAGUGGUGAACGAUGUGAAAACAAUAUUGAUGACUGUCUUGGUGAUCCCUGCACCAACGGUGCAGAGUGUGUUGAUGGGAUUAAAGACUAUACCUGUGAAUGCUAUGCUGGAUACUCAGGCAAAAACUGUGAAAUUGACAUAAAUGAAUGUGAAAGUUCCCCUUGCCAGUAUGGAGGAUUCUGCUUCCAGAAAUCAAACAGCUCUCUCUACCAGACUAAUGAUCCAUCAUUACCAGCAAUCUUUGCAGAAAAAUUCAGUUAUGAAAAUGCUAGCGGAUAUAUUUGUCUUUGUGUCCCUGGUAUUACUGGUUCCAACUGUGAGGUGAACAUUAAUGAGUGUGAAAGUAAUCCAUGCCGUUGGGGCAACUGCGUGGACAAAAUAGGGCACUAUGAUUGUGAAUGUGAGGAGGGCUUCAUGGGUGCUCACUGUGAAAUUGACAUUGAUGAGUGUGACCUUUACAAGCCUUGUGUCAAUGGGACUUGCAUUGAUCGGCGGGCAAAUUAUUUCUGUGAGUGCACACCAAAAUAUGGUGGCAAAAACUGUUCUGUUGAGCUUCAUGGAUGUGAUGAAAAUCGUUGUCAGAACAAUGGAACAUGCAAGCCUUAUUUAGAAAACGAAACACAACAUAAAUUUAAUUGUUCUUGUACCAAUGGAUAUCAUGGAGACUUGUGUGAAAAGGUGACCACUAUGUCCUUGAGUGGAAAAUCAUAUGCCCUCGUGCAUACUACCCGAGAUGAAGGCUAUGAUAUUCAGUUCCGCUUUAAAACAACACUUCCAGAUGGUUUGCUUGCCAUUGGCAAGGGAUCAACAUUUUACAUACUUGAGUUAGUCCAUGGAAGACUCAACCUUCAUUCCAGUCUCUUGAACAAAUGGGAGGGUGUGUUCAUUGGUUCUGGAUUGAAUGAUAGCACAUGGCAGAAAGUUUUUGUUGCUAUCAAUGCUUCACACUUAGUCCUUGCUGCUAAUGAGGAGCAGACAAUCUAUCCUAUCAAUCUCAAUGAAGGCUCUGGUGCAUCACAUACUAGCUUCCCUACAACCUACCUUGGCGGAACAAUCUCGUCUCUGAGACGCUUGACUCAUGGUCCUCCUUCCUUUGUUGGUUGUGUUGAAGAUGUUGUUAUUAAUGGAAAUUGGGUUCUCCCUGAAAAUCCAAGUCAGCCUGUUGUUCUCGAGAACAUUGCAAUGGGCUGCCCACGGGAGCCACAAUGCUCGCCAAAUCCGUGCCACAAUGGUGGACAUUGUACUGAUUUGUGGAGUGACUUCAGCUGUGCUUGUGAGCGUCCAUUUUUGGGGCAUACAUGCCAGUACAAUUUCACUGCUGCUACUUUUGGAUAUGAAAAUAUUACCAAUGGCUUGGUAACGGUAAAUGUUCAUGACCAAGCACGAAGAGCUGUACGAUCCAUUGUGGACAUAUCUAUGUUCAUUCGGACCCGUCAGAGCAAGGGAGUCAUUUUCCAGCUCGGUUCUGCUCCAACUGUGGAACAUCAAGACCAAACUCAAAUUUCAGCUCAGCUUGACGGAGGAGAGCUCUUUGUGGGCAUUCAGUUCAAUGGUACCCCAGAGGGCUACACUGUUGGAGGUGUUAGAUUAGAUGAUGGGAGCAAUCACCUCAUCCAGGUGGUGCGCAAUGUGACUCUGGUCCAAGUGAAAAUCAAUGGAACUGAAUAUUUCCGCAAGACAAUUUCGGCAUCUGGUCAGCUGGAUGUACAAGUUUUGUAUUUAGGGGGAGUUCCCCCAAAUGCAAGGGUCAAUUUCCGUCCAGGUGGGAGUCCUGACCACAGCAACUUCAAAGGGAUUAUUCAAGAUGUUCAGAUAAGCAAUGGUUCUCGCACUAUGGUGACUGAAUUCUUCCCUCUGAAAGCUGAUGAUUUGACCGUUCCUCCCUCAUUUGGCACCGUAAUGUUUGCCAAUGACACUGUUCUAGAGGGUGUUAUAUCUGAUGACACAUGCUCAUCUAAUCCUUGCCUACACAACGGAACCUGCAAAAUUACAUGGAAUGAUUUCAGCUGUGAAUGUGUUCGGGGCUACAAGGGGAAAACAUGUCAAGAAAUGGAGUUUUGCCAGCUUCAAGACUGCCCCAUGGGGAGCACAUGCCGCAACUUAAAUGAUGGAUAUGAAUGUAUUGCAAAUGCCACAUUUAAUGGAGUUAAUUCAUCAAUGAGCUAUAGCUUAGGCUCCCUUGAAACCUCAAGUUCUGAAUCACCCUUGGCCACUUCUUACAACUCUAUUGCAAUAACGUACAGAAGCCAUAACGGAGGCACUCUUAUGCACAUAGCUUCAGUAGACGGAGAUGAUUUCUUCUCUAUUGCUGCACUCAAAAGCAGUGUGACUGUUGCCUGGAAACUUGGUCCAGGGCAUGGAAGGGCUCGCCGCCUUCGCAAGGAACACUCCAGUGGAUAUGGAGAUUGGACAGCACUUAAAAUAGACAUCAAGGAUGGUGCGCUUCAUGCUCACAUCCAGCAGGAUGAAUGGAGCGAAGAGGCACAGUCUCAGGGCACUUACCAGUUCAGUGAGCCGGACUUUGCUGUGGAAGCCUGGUACCAGCUUGUGGCCACUGGAAGAGUGAUACUGGGUGCCGGCCCUCCCAUCUCUGUGGCUUCAUCGAGUUCACUUGGUGAAGAUGAAGCAACCGUAUCAACGCGUCAUUCUUAUGUUGUGUACGACCAUGACUCUUCUGAUGCCCCCACUGGUACAACUGCUCUUGAUGACAAUGCAGUUGACUUCCCAGCAAUUGGGAAGAUACCAGGGGAAUCUUCAGCCAAUGGUGGCUAUUUCAAGGGUUGUCUGGGUGAAGUCCGUAUUGGAGGUUUGCUUCUGCCAUUCUUCACACAAGACCAACUAAAUAUGGAGAAUAUGACUGCCCUAGAAUUCUUUUAUUUAUUAAAAUCUGCCAAUGAAACAAAUGUGAUAACUGAUCUUGGAUGUAUUCUGUGCUUUGAGCAAGAAUGUCAGAAUGGCGGAUCGUGUUUGAACCCUAAGGAAUCGUACACAUGUUCUUGCCCUCUGGGCUUUGAGCAAGAUGACUGUUCAGUAAACACUGAUGAAUGUAUUGACAAUAGCUGCCAGAACAAUGCUACCUGUGUUGAUGCAAUUGCAAACUAUACUUGUUCUUGUCAGCCAGGAUGGGAAGGUUGGCUUUGUGACAUCGACAUUAAUGAAUGUGAGUCAAAUCCUUGCACAAACAAUGGUUCUUGUCAGAAUUUACUUGGACGCUUUGAGUGCUUGUGCACAAGUGAAUAUGAAGGAUCACAAUGCCAAUUCCUUAAAAUGGUUAGCUGUGACAAUGGUCCUUGCAAAAAUGGAUCCACAUGCAGGGAUGAAAAGAAUUUGAGAACUGGAGACAACUUUACAUGUAGUUGUGCUGAAGGUUUUGUGGGGCCUUAUUGUGACCAACCCUUCUGUGAUAUAGAGCACUGCCAGCAAGGUUUCUGUGAUACAUCUCAACUGAAACCCUUCUGCAACUGCUCUCCCGGCUUCACUGGACGGCUAUGUGGGGAGGACAUUAAUGAGUGUGAAGUUGGCCCUGAAAGGACAACACCGUGCAUGAACCGUGGACUGUGCAGAGAUGGAAUAAACUCUUUUUCAUGUGACUGCCGUAGCACAGGCUUCACGGGUCCGAAAUGUGAAGAUGAUAUAGAUGAAUGUGCCCUGAACCCUCAGCUUUGUGGCUCUGGCACUUGUGAGAAUUUAAUUGGAACCUAUAGGUGUGAAUGUACUGAAGGUUUCUGUGGAGAUAGUUGUAGACUGCAAAAUCCUUGUCUCCUAGAAGAUAACCCCUGCCAGUUUGAUGGAAAGUGCACUGAAGACUGCCAUUCAGAGCCAGACUAUCGUUGUGAUUGCACUGAUGGGCACUCAGGAAAGAAUUGUACCGAGACUCCAUAUUAUGCUGCAAGCAAUCCAUUUGAUGUUGCUAUAAUUGUAGCUCCUAUAAUUGGUGCAAUCCUCCUUUUAGCUGCAGGAGGAUUAAUAGUUUUUAUCAUGAUGGCACGGAAAAAGAGGGCUACCCGUGGAACAUAUAGCCCAAGCCAGCAAGAGUACUGUAAUCCUCGAGUAGAGAUGGAUAAUGUAAUGAAACCACCACCUGAAGAAAGAUUAAUUUAAUUUGAUAAACACUGUAAUAGCAGAGUUUACUUUUAGAUUUUGACUUUCAAGAUGGGGUUUCUCAACUGGAAUGGCAAUGUGAUAAUAUUUCUGUACCUGUUUAAGAAUGAGAUUUGUAUCAUGUUUUUUUAAUUCUUAUUUCUCAUGACUUUGAUAAUUUUUUAAAUUAAGUCUGUCAUCUUUCAAUGCCAUAAUUGUCAUGAACUUUUCAGUGUCUACCUUUGAUUAUCUAUAGUGAAAAUUCAUCAGUAAAAAUGGCAAACCAUGAUGAAUUCAAUAGGUAUCAUUAUACUUCUAUUUCUGGUUGGUUAAAUUACUCUGUGAGUGAUAAAGCCUGAAUUACAUGAGCAUCUUGAGGGCUUCAGAAGUCCCGGAGUGGUAGAUGGUAGAUGUUCUGCUACUUUAGCACUUUUCCCUCAUGGUGCUCUUGCUGUGAUUAUGUAUAACAUUCAACUAUGUGUCAUGAAAAUGCUAUUUCAUGUUUGUACCAAAGGGUUCCUUUAGUGUUUACCAUUCUGUAAGCUAGCUUACAUCUUCUCCCUUAGAUAAUUUCCUUUGAAGCAGUAUGGAAUAAGGUGAUUAUUCUAUUCCACCCUUGUCCAUUAUUGUUGCAUUGAGCUCAGAACUGAUAAAGAUAUCAAUGUUCACAUGAGACAAUUAAGUAUAGUUGCAGCAUCAUGUUUUAAAGCUUCUAGGUUUCAGUUGUCUUCCAUUUUAAUGUUAACUAUUCCGUCCAUGGAGCUUUACACAUUUUAAUGUUAAUUAUUUUUGACUAACUGUUUAGAAAGGUCUCAAUCAAGGACAAAAAGCAAUUUUUUGAUAAUUACCUUACUCAAUACUAGGGCUUAUUUGCUCUCUGUAUUAUUGUAUGUUUUGUAUUAUAAUGUUCUAUAUAUGACAUUGUUAAUUCUCCUAUAUUAGGAGUUAUAUCAAUUGAAUGCUGUGAAAUACAAGUGUCUUUAUGCACACAUUUUAAAGUUAGACUGAAUUUGGAUAUGGUAUCGGAGUAAUGAGUUUUCCUACUGUUCCAAGAGACAAGAUUGAGCAUGAAUUGCAAUCUUGAAGUUUGCCCACAGACCCACAACAAUUUGUUGUUAGCUCAUCAAUUGUGUCAUGAUUUUUUACUAAAAUAUUUUGUGAGAAAAAAUUACAAACUAUUGUCAAAAACUAUUUUAUGUUUUGGCUAAUCCCUUUUCAAUUAAUUCCCAAAUUUCUUUGUUACGUGAUGUGGGAAUAGUGAAUAUUUAUAUAAUAUAUUGCAACCCUUUUUUUAUGUAUGUGUAGAAUGUAUUUAUAAUUUUAUUCUAAAGCUAUUUGUAUAUGUGUGAAUAUUAUCGAAUGUGUGUGGUGUGUGAGUGAGAAUGAACGAACAAAUAGACUCCAACGUUUCAUGUGAUACACCCUCACUUUGACUUUCCUGUGUAUCUUUGUCUACCAGUUUGUGCCUUAAUGUGCAAAUGUGUUCAAAUUGUGUAAAUUUUUGUUUUAAGUAGAUGGGUUGAAGUUCUCAGUAUGAAUUACUGUACCAUAAAUCAGACUAUAUUUAUCUUCUUUGAAUAUCUGUUUUUACUGUAGUACGUGUUUUGUAUUUUUGACUGUUCUGAUUUACCAUGAAUCCCUGUAUAACUUGGACAUUUAAACAGAUAUUCCGAAAUCUGUUGUAGAGGCCAUGAAUUAUAAAUUAUAAGAAAUGACGCUAA